AUGGCGUUCUCCGCUGACGCUUUCCUUUUCGAGCUGGAAACGCCAGUGGUGCUUGCGGCAAGGGAGCAGCCGCCGGUGCAGGCUAAGCCGAUCCUGGCUAUCGAGGAUGAAAAGACCUUCUGGGAGAUAGUGGUCAUCUGCAUCUCUGACUUGCUCACCCCUGCUUGCUCACGGCUACAGAGUGGAUGGCCAGACUAUCUUGGCAACGACGCUCUGCGCUGCGCCGAGUAUUUCAGGGUGGACAUGCGCCCAGACAAGUGUUGCAAUGCGUGCGCCCCGACAUUCUGGGGAUGUCCAGUGCGUUUUAUAGCGACGUCUUCCCACAUGACAGGUCUAGAUGCAAUGCCACGAGCCAGUCGAGCCUUGCUGUGGCUGAGGUACAAGGACGGGUGCCCUUUCGUCGUGGCUGCGAAGCAAGACAGCUCUCCUAUUAUGGGAUGGACGUAUUUACUUGGGGUCAGCGCGGAAGAGCCGGAUGUCGACAGACGAGCUGCCAGGGCAUUCCCGGCAUACUUGAGUGGGAAAAAGGAGGACAGUGCCGUGGUUGCUCUCCCGGCUUGCAAGCGUUGUCCAGAGAGACCAUGCUGGCAUGAAAGCAAUUUCCUGGGCAGCCGCGAAAGGCCACAAGCUGGUUCCAAACAUGCUCAUGGAGGUUGGGCCGUAAAGCUUCUGGACGCCGUGGGUGUCCUCAAUUCUUUCGCAAAUGACUUCGAGUGCUUCAGUGCCUUCAGCGUUGCAGUGUUCGAUUUUAUCGUAGCUCCCGGUAUUGCGGCUAAAAAUCCGCAAGCAGUGACGCACUGGUCUGUACUCACGGGGUUCUCGCUGGUCCUUUUUGUUCAGUGCUGCUUCUCUGACCCCUGGUCGCGGUUGCGUACCAUGCACGCGCAGCAUCACCUCCUGGGCAAUGACCCAGCGAAGACAUUUGAUGUUGUGCAACCCGUCGAGUCACAGAUGGCUCGCGGCGACAGGCAUGCACUGGUGAAGCGUCCAAGUCAUGAAGCUCGAGCUGGAACAGAACAAAUACAACAGCUAUCAGAGGCAGGUCUUGCGAGAAGCGAAGAAGCGUUUUGA